CUUCGACGGAUACGCGCUCCUAGAUUCAUUGGCCAAGUUGCGCAAUGUCCCACUAGUUCGCGAUCAUUAGGAAGAAUUCCGACCAAGAGCAUCGCCAAGGGUAUCUUGUUGUACUCGGAGAAGGCUGAUCGCAGUGAGUGGUAUGCAAGGCGGGAUUGGAACAGGUUUCGCGACACUCUCACCCACCAAAGGCGUACUCGGGCAACCUGCGCAGCAAAUGCACAUGCCGAGUGGUUGCCUACCUAGGUAGCACUCCCGCCUAUCUCUCGAUUGGUGUCUCUCGCAUACCCAAAAUCACGUCCUUCGUGGUCAAGGCCCUUGAGACGCAAAUCAGUGAGGACACUGACUUAUCUUCUCUUACUGCGCACGUCAAAACACAUCAAUGAAAUGUCUGGCUUCGAGGUUGUUGGUGUUGUUUUGGCUGUCUGGCCGUUGGUUAUCAAUGGCAUCCAGCUCUACAAGAGUUGCAAGGCUGGACAGGGCUGGAGCUUGCUGCUAACGGAGUUCAAGACUGAGGGGAUCAUCUACACAGAAUUCGUCUGCCAUCUGCUCGCAUCUGAUAUCUCAGAAGCCGAUUUGCACCAGAUUACCACUAGAAGCAAACCCAAUCAAGGACUCUUCAGAGACAAAAACCUGAGUGAUGGCCUUCGAGAACGUCUGGGAGUUGAUAAGUCGGACGUGGUUAUCAGCACCCUCGAGGAAAUGGACAAUUUGCUCACGUCGCUCACAAGAAGAUUUGGUGUGAAUCAAGUUGAAUUGGAAGCUCCGCCUAGUAGAAUUCGUCGAGGGUUGCAGAACAUCCAAUUGAACCUCCCUGCAUCAGCUGCGAAGGAAGAGUUAAAAAAGCUGCGCAGUUUGAACGGCCGCCUGCAACGAUUGCUCACGAAUCCCCCUGCCUCGAGCUAUUCAACACAGUCGCAGCAACCCAAGACCUCGAGCACAUUGCAACCUGAAGUUCUGAACCGGAUCUCCGCUAAUGCGAAAGUAUUGCAUGAUGCUUUGGUCGACAACUAUCACUGUCACUGCGAGGUUGGACACGAUGCGAACCUAGGAUCACGACUUGUUUGUGCUGAAGACCUGGGAUUUAUGGAGCCUUUGGAGCUCUUAUUUCCCGUUUGCGCAGAAGUCGCGAAGGAGUUGACUGAGAUGGGUCUGUCAUCUUCCUCAUCCAUGGGCUGCACAAGUCCCGAUGCAGUUGAGUUUGAUGCUUUGUCCAUGAGUGAUGCACCACCACGUCCCUGGCAGCCCAGGUUUCCGCCAGAAAGGUCUUGGUCGCAAAGAGGGCAGAGAGCGAGCAUAUCGACAAUUCCAACCUCGCUUCCCAGUCCUGGCUCAUCUCCGCCUCCUUUUCGUGGACGAAAGAUAUCCCUGAGUAAGAGCGACGGCAUGGAACCAAACAAUCUUAUCGAAGACCUUUGCGCAUUCAUCAAGAACCUGGCUGAAACUGAAGUCAAGUCUGCUCCACCGUCCUGUCUUGGUAUCUUGGGACUUAAGGAAAAGAAGUACGCUGUCAAUGUGACUUCGCUCGGUAGCGACUUGGAAGAAGAACCGAAGAGCUUCGUCUGUCUGGAAGAUUAUCUGUCUCCAAAUCGAAGCUGGAAUCUAUCACGACAGAAGCGCAUGGACCUUGCGCUCAGUCUCAGUCUUGCGAUCCUACAAUUCGUCUCCACUCAAUGGGUCGAUAAAUGGUGGUCCUUCAGAGAUUUUUGUAUGCUGAAGGGCGACAAGUCCCAAAUUUUCGUCACUAAGAAGUUCUACUCCACCCAACUCGGAGCCGCCAAGACUGAUGAACCUCUCCACUCACCUCAAAUGUCCAUGUUCUGGGACUGUAUCGGCGAACCAAUCCUCACUCGUCUAGGCUUCGCACUCGUUGAACUGGCUCUUGGUAAACGUCUCUCAGAUCUUCGAGCACAAGCUAGUGAUCCAAAUGUGAACGAUAUGCUUGAUCUUGCAGCAGCGAAGAAGUUGGUGAAUGAAGGGCAGGUGCUAGAGGAGGCUGGGAGGUGCUACAAUGAAGCUGUGCUUGCAUGCCUGACGCACCAGAUCGUGACAGCUGAGGGAGUGACGGGUUUGAAUUCUCAACAUGCAAAUUUUCAGGCUGAUUUGGAGACUUUCAUUGUUGCUCCGGUGAGGGAGUUUUAUCUGACGAGUUGGCGGCCGGUGCAGGCUUUGGUGGCGGCAUGAGUGUGCUUGAGUAUGUGCUGGUUGGCGUCGAAGUGUUCUGAUAGUUUUCAGCGAGGAGUUUGGCGAUGGAUAUGAGGACAGGCUACACAAGGAGUCCACUGGCGGUUUCUUCGAAAUGUGUCGUGAUAUACAUAUAUACCUAUUGCAGUCCAUCACGUGCUGGCACAUACGUGGCCGAGGCUCCAUCUCACCUAGCAUCUCUUUAUCCUCCUUCACUAAUUUCCAAUUUGAUUUUCUCCCACGUUACAACAACCGUCUCAAAAUGGCUCCACCGGAAGACCUCUCAGUCAAA